AAGCUCAUCAGAGACAUUGGAGUCACUCGCGGAGACGUUGGACACUAUGCCGGCAUCCUUGGAUCAUCGUACUAUGCAGUUCAUAUCCUGACCAUUUUUCAUUGGAGUCAGCUGUCCAACCACAUCGGGCGGAAGCCCGUAAUACUGACAGCUCUAUUAGCAAUUGUUAUUUCAAUAUUUUUGUUUGGGCUGUCGAAGACCUUCCUUGGUCUGGUGGUCAGUCGUAUUGUCUGCGGAGCAUUUGAUCCGAGCGAUGCUGUGGUCAAGAGCAUGCCAGUGGACAUCACUGACGCAACCAAUCUCUCAGAAAGUGCGUGUUCUCGUCUUUUGGCCUGCUUACCCCACGCUGAUACAUGCGUUGGGCCUGGCUAA